UGUAAUUCUCACUCACCCGCUUCUCCAACCGAACUUCCCUCUCAGACAACUCGACAGUUCUGCUCAAGAGUCGUUCCCCUGCUUUCACAAUGAAAGUCGGUAUAGCAGCACUGGUGGCGGGCGUCGUCGGUUCUAUUGGGGUUCUCUGUUUUUUAACUGCCUUUGGGACGGACUACUGGCUCUUGGCCAGUGAGAACUGCGCUGCUGACGAAUUUAUGCAAUCCGAAACUAGCACUUCUGGGCUCGCUAAUAGUACAGAGAAUCAGACUGUAAAGGUUGAAAAUAAUUUAUCAGAGAUCCGCUUUCACCACGAAGGCUUCUUCUGGAGGUGCUGGUUCACUGAGGAUGUCUCCCACGACAGCAUAUGGAACUUCCUGUUCACAAAUCAGCCUCCAUCCAAAUACUGUGUUCAUGGAUACCUCUUUCCCUUGCCCAUUGCAAUCGGAUCAGUACCCCAUCCCUCCUAUGAUGCCACUGCAGUGUUCCGUGGGUUCUGGACGGCGUUCAUUGUUUUAGCUGUCACUGCCAGUCUGGUGGGCGGGUUCCUGCUGGUGUGUGCUGUGCCCUUCGUGAGCGCCAAGCUGUACAAACUGGGAGGAGGGUUCCUUAUCACAGCUGGGGGGCUGUUCACUGUGCUGAUCGCUCUGUUUGUGCUGUGGAAGGAGCUGGUUGCAGACAUGAAUAAGUACAUCUUGCUGGAGAGGAGUCUAAUCUGCCUGGAUACAGAGGUGUAUGUACAGUAUGGCUGGUCAUUCAUGUUCGCUGCGGCUGGGAUCCCAUUGGACCUCCUCAGCGGGCUGCUCUUUUAUUUUAUUGGCCGGCACAUAGAGAGGAACAAAUGGUAGUCUCCAGGGGGCAGGAGUUUGCUUGUUUUUUUUGUUUUUUUUCAAACUAUACCUUUAAGCUUUGUGGACUGGACAUUCUCAUUAAUUUUCUGCUAUGAUAAAAAAAAAAAGUUAAAACAUAAGAUUAUAAGCAAAAAAAACAGUGAGUGAUAAAUGUGUUGCUGUCUAAUACAAAAUGAGAACAUUUAGGCAUCUGUCUUCCUCAUGUGACUGCUUUUUGCUAGGUGUGUAUCAUGUUUAAAAUCAUGUUUCCAUAGCUAAUAAGCACUGUAUUAAUAUAAUUAUGUACUAUAUACAAUCAUUGGUGUCCUAUGUAGUUUACCAAUGACUGCAGAAUGUGUUUUAAAAGGAGGAGGCUUUUACCGAAUGACACGGUUCGAUUUGCUGUUACCUUGUGUAUGUUCUGUUUGUUCGGUUUUCUUGUUUUUAAUUAAAGAAGUCUAUUUGCUUCCCUUACGAUUCUCAGUAUUUAAGAAUUCUGGCCCCUCCACUGGCUGUUAUAUUUGGGCCCUGCUUGAUUAACAUUUAGCUGGAAAGAAAGCAUUUUAGGGAAAGAUAAGUAGCAGCAAAACUAUAUUGAUUCAAUGAACACGUCAUUGAUAAAGAAUCAUAAUAAUAACCAUUUAGCCUGACAACUGAAAAUCACCCAUUUUAUUCAACUGCCUGACAUUUUCUUGUGUUUAUAGAGAAACAGGAGUUUCUGAGUUUUCUUUUUUUAAAGUGUACCAGGGGUUUUCUGUGCGGGGAGGCAGCCUUAUGCAGAGAUGAAUUAUACUCUGUAUGGGCUUUUAAAAGGCUCUGUCACACAUAAAGGCCUUUCCUAUUUGCAUGAUUCAUUUGUGUGGCAGAAUCUGGACAGCUUUUUCAGAAGCCCUUUCACAGAGCCCCAGUGCUCUGACAGCCCUUCAGGAACCAGA